UCGUCCUAAGUCUCUUCACUGUCUAACGAGAAAUAAUAACAAAUCGAAGAAAAUCUUUUCGAUCGUAUCUAAACCGUAAGUUCAGAAGCAAGAACUAUAUCAGAUGGCUGGAAAAGGAGAAGGACCGGCAAUCGGGAUCGAUCUGGGGACUACGUAUUCCUGCGUCGGCGUGUGGCAGCACGACCGUGUGGAGAUCAUAGCCAAUGACCAAGGCAACAGAACGACCCCGUCCUACGUGGCGUUCACUGAUACGGAGCGUUUGAUUGGUGACGCUGCUAAGAAUCAGGUCGCUAUGAACCCCAUCAACACCGUUUUUGAUGCGAAGAGGUUGAUUGGUAGGAGAUUCAGUGACGCGCCAGUCCAGAGUGACAUUAAGCUUUGGCCAUUUAAGGUCGUUCCUGGGUCGGGUGAUAAGCCCAUGAUUACUGUGAAUUACAAGGGCGAAGAGAAACAAUUUGCAGCAGAGGAAAUCUCUUCUAUGGUGCUCAUGAAGAUGCGUGAGGUUGCUGAGGCUUUCCUUGGCUCUGCUGUUAAAAAUGCAGUGGUUACUGUCCCUGCUUAUUUCAAUGACUCCCAGCGUCAGGCUACAAAGGAUGCUGGUGUCAUUGCUGGACUCAAUGUUAUGCGUAUUAUUAAUGAGCCCACGGCUGCUGCCAUUGCUUAUGGUCUUGAUAAGAAAGCCAGCAGUGUUGGUGAAAAGAAUGUUUUAAUUUUUGAUCUUGGUGGUGGUACUUUUGAUGUAUCUUUGCUUACUAUUGAAGAGGGUAUUUUUGAAGUGAAGGCCACCGCUGGAGACACUCAUCUAGGUGGUGAGGAUUUUGAUAAUAGAAUGGUCAAUCACUUUGUGCAAGAGUUUAAGAGAAAGAACAAGAAGGAUAUUACUGGAAACCCCAGAGCUCUUAGGAGAUUGAGGACUGCUUGUGAGAGAGCAAAGAGGACUCUUUCAUCUACUGCACAGACUACAAUUGAAAUUGAUUCUUUGUAUGAGGGUAUUGAUUUCUAUUCAAGCAUUACUCGUGCCAGAUUUGAGGAGCUUAACAUGGAUCUCUUUAGAAAGUGUAUGGAGCCCGUUGAGAAGUGUUUGAGAGAUGCUAAGAUGGACAAGAGCAGUGUCCAUGAUGUUGUCCUUGUUGGUGGUUCCACUAGAAUUCCCAAAGUGCAGCAACUUUUGCAGGACUUUUUCAAUGGAAAGGAGCUGUGCAAGAGCAUUAACCCAGAUGAAGCUGUUGCCUAUGGUGCUGCUGUUCAGGCAGCUAUCCUGAGCGGUGAGGGUAAUGAAAAAGUGCAGGAUCUAUUACUCUUGGAUGUCACCCCUCUAUCUCUUGGGUUAGAGACUGCUGGAGGUGUCAUGACUGUGUUGAUUCCAAGGAAUACCACAAUUCCAACAAAGAAGGAGCAGGUGUUUUCAACUUACUCUGACAACCAACCUGGUGUGCUGAUUCAGGUUUACGAGGGUGAGAGAGCAAGAACUCGGGACAACAAUUUGCUGGGCAAAUUCGAACUUUCUGGCAUUCCUCCAGCUCCAAGGGGUGUUCCUCAGAUUACUGUCUGUUUCGAUAUAGAUGCUAAUGGCAUUUUGAAUGUCUCUGCUGAAGACAAGACCACUGGCCAAAAGAACAAGAUCACAAUUACAAAUGACAAGGGAAGAUUAUCCAAGGAAGAAAUUGAGAAGAUGGUUCAGGAGGCUGAGAAGUACAAAUCUGAGGACGAAGAGCACAAAAAGAAGGUUGAAGCAAAGAAUGCCUUGGAGAACUAUGCUUACAACAUGAGGAACACGGUGAAGGACGACCAGAUUGGCUCCAAACUCGCUGCAGAAGACAAGAAGAAGAUUGAGGACGCAAUUGAACAGACUAUUCAGUGGUUGGAUAACAAUCAGCUUGCAGAAGCAGACGAAUUCGAGGACAAGAUGAAAGAGUUGGAAAGCCUUUGCAAUCCCAUCAUAGCCAAGAUGUACCAGGGUGGUGCUGGUGCCGGUGCCGGUGCUCCGGAUGCAGGUAUGGGUGAAGAUGUUCCUCCUGCUGGUGGCAGUGGUGCUGGUCCCAAGAUUGAAGAAGUCGAUUAAGUUGGUAGAAUUAGAUUACAUAUUCUACUAGAACUUCUAAUUUUUAAAUAUGACGUCAUGUUUUAUAUUUUUGUUUGGCGGAUAUAAAUAGUAGUCUAUCAGCAUCAAUUUUCUA